UCCCCAGUAUAUCUACUGGAGAGGCUCUAAACUCCUGUUUCUCUGGUGGGGGCUCUGAGUCUUGGGACCCCAUUGAUAUAAUUGUGAAAGAGAAGGGACAAGGAAACCGACCAUAUCUUCACACUUUCUCCUUCCGUUUCCUCACACCAUACAUUUGCAUGUUCUGCAAAACAAAGACUUUAAUCUCCUGAGAUACUUGCAUUUAAUGCUCUUCCAACAAAUCCCACCAGUGCUACUGGCCUAACUACUACCACUUCUACUCACCAGCACUCAUAUACAGGAAGCUUUUCUUGUAUUUUUAGAACCUUAAAACACUCUCUAGCCAGCUAAAGCUUGUCUUCCUUAAUAUGUCAGUGAUCACAUAUCCUUGCUAUUUUCUUCUUUCACUUUUAUGCCUUUCUUUGCAUGCAUGUAACGCCAGACCACUUGCUGACAUUAACAAUGACCCUGAGAAGAAAUUUCACAUAAUUCCCUAUCAGAAUGAUCAGAAGGAGAUUUCAGUUGCUACAGUACCCACAGUGGAGUCCUCUUCGUCAAAUGAAUUUGGAGCAGCGAAAAAAGAUAGCAUUGCUAAGACUCAAUUGGGUGAUAGUGCUCAAAAGCUGAAGGACUCGAAAGCCAAACAGAAGUUGGACUCGGUCGAUGAGAUAGAGAAAAAUUCAGGUGCUGUUAAAAAAGAGUCUCCUUUUUCAGUUUCUUGGCGUGUGCCUCAAAAGAAACGUGGUGAAAGACAUCCUGGUUUCCACUUGGAUUAUUCUCCACCAAAGACUCACCCUCCUUCCCAUAACUGAAUACUUAAACCCACGUUUUUUAAGGUUAUCUUGUAAACCUAUGUCUCUCUAUAAGUCCCACUGUCAGCCAAAACAAUCCCAAGUACUAUAUAAAUAAAGAGUAAUGAAGAAUAUGAAGUUAGAGGGACUGGUCUGGUGAACCCUAGUUUUGAUAGAAUGAUCGCUGCCUUCCGCAUAGCUAUAACAUCAUAUUUUAGAUUAUAUGGCAUAGGCUGCUAGAUUUAGUACUGUGCUGGCAAGAGCCUCUAUCUUUUUAGUUGAUGUACAUCAAAUUGUUAUUUUUGCAUCACUAAAUAUUACAAUGUCAUGACUCAUGAU